AUGUUCAUAAUAUGGAACGGUUUUAGUCCAUCACUAACCUAAACUAGCGCAGAAAUGUAACUACCGUCUGGUGACACGUUUGUAAAUAAAGUUGUAGUGAAAAAAAUACUUUUGCUUUAAUAUUUUUCGUGUUUGGUGAACAUCCGUGCCUCGUUGUGACGUCAGUAAUUGGCUGCGACGGCCGCGACCAGAGCCCUGGCCGCGACGAGUCAAAUUGCUGCUGUCAACCAGCUCCGUCGACGUUAGCUAUCUAGCAGUGUUGUACGAUGAACUUUAGUGAAGCUCAACUUGAGCUACGACAGCUUCUCAGCAGAGUCGAACCUUCUCAAUUGCCGAAGCUGCUCGACUGGGUCAGAACCUCGGAGGAGCUGGAUGACAUGCUGCUGGACAACAACCAAGUUAUUUUGAGGUGCAUCGCCGAUGAUAUCCGGGAGAGCCUACCUCUUGACGCUAUGUUGCCUUCGGAGACCGAUGCCAAGUACAAGUUGCAGCAGCGCUCAGGAGCCACCGUUCACGUGGACGCCUUCUUGUAUGACGACGAGCACGUGGAUGCGCUUUGUGAGGCGGGAAGCAUGAGUCGCCGCUAUUGUCUCCAGUGCGGCUCCCGAAGCACGGCACCUUUAGAGUUUGUGUCUCAUUCCUUCUCUGUGUCCGAGCUGCUCUUCUUGUUCCAAAAUGUUCUGCCGGACCUGAGCGGUCGCACUUUGGUGGACGUCGGAUCGCGGCUGGGGGCUGUGCUCUAUGGGGGAUUCCUCUUCAGCUCGGCGUCCAGGUUAGUUGGCAUCGAGCUCAGCGCCGACUUUGUCAACCUACAGAACAAAAUGCUGCACAAGUAUGGAAUGGACGCCAGAGCUCAGGUUGUCCACGCUGACGUUUGCUCACAGGACACGCUUCUGCAUAACGCCGAUGUCGUAGUCAUGAACAACGUCUUCGAGUAUUUCAUGCAGCCAGAGCAGCAAGUCAGAGCCUGGAGGUUCAUCAUGCAGACGUUGAGGAAAUCUGGUUCUCUGCUGGUGACCGUUCCCAGCCUGCACGACUCACUCCAACCUCUGCAGGAAGCGCUACCGGCCGGCUGGGUGGAGGAGCUUCCGCUGCAUUACGACGUCUUUGUCGGUAAAGACACAGACCCUGAGGAUCUGCGACAAAUCCACCUGUACAGGGUCUUAUGACCAUUUUUGAAAAACGCCAAAUGAAUGAAAUCGUGUUUCCUACUCAAGUUGAAUUUUCUGUCUUUGCCAGGCAGACAUUUACAAUCCUCAUUGGGAUGGUAGCGAUCAUUUGAUCCAAAUUGAUCGGACUUCUAAUCAUUAUCAAUGGCAGCCAAAGAGUUGAGAAUGAUGUCGACUAGCCAGAAAACAGCUUGGUAGACAUCUCAUAUUCUAGUUUAAAAAAUUUUAAAGUUUUUUUCAUGAGAAAAAAUUGCACUUCGCUGUGUUACGUUAACUAAUUUUGAUUAAUCAUUGAUGUAUUAGUGACUUUAAUAGUGGAGACCUAAGAAUGAUCUGAAAGUUUAAAAUAUAUUUCUUAAUAGGAAAAAUAUCAACAUUGGUUCAUUUUAAACUAUAAAAUGCAAUUUCUCCAGAAAUUGGUUGGGACCCAAUUGGUCAUACCUUGACGUUCAGUAGGAAAUUCCAAUUUUCUGUAACACUUCAGACCUUGGCCACUGGAGGGCAAUAAAUCGCCGUGUAUCCAAUUUGAUCUCAUUUAGCAAAAUAAAAAACCUUUAAAGGCCUUGCAGACAUGACAAACAAACUGCAGCAUGGUUUGUUUUUGGCUGCGCACUUUUGUAAUGACGUCCAAUUAAUAGCGCGUGGCGCGGGAAGUUGUUGUUUGCUCGCCAACAGCUGUUUGGAUUAAACGGAUGAGCGGGUGUCAAGUGGAGAUUCAAAUCACUCCAAGCCAGAAGGGGAAUUAAGAAGUCUUGCCUCAUAUUUUCCCACAUGGAAAUUAAAUGUAUUAAACUGUGACCAGAAUUGAACUCAUUGGCUGCCAAUCCCUGGGAUAGACGUCCAAUCCAUUGAGGACCUCUAUCUCCAUCAAUGGCAACCAAUGACUAAAUAAAUACAUCUUUGGCAUAGAGCAUAAUGCAAAUUUGGAAGAGAAUGAGUUAACACACACAGGUUUCAAACUCAAGGCCCUGGGGCCACUUCAGGUGCCUGCCACGCCGUUAUUUGUAGCCCGUGGAAUAAAUUAAGCUAAAAUGAAACUUUGAUAACAUUUCCAUGUUCCCCAGAAUGAUCAAGGACUAUAAAAACAUACAUUUUUUUUUUUUUUCAAAGAAAAUUUGUGGAAAAAAAGGGCUGUCAAAAUUAUCGUGUUAACGGACGUUAAUUAAUUUUUUUAAUUAAUCACGUUAAAAUAUUUGACGCAAUUAACGCACUCCCCCCGCUCAGACAGAUUUAAAUGACAGUACAGUGAACUGCUUAUUAAUUGUGUUUUAUGGAGUUUUGCCGCCCUCUACUGGCGCUUGGGUGCGACUGAUUUUAUAGGCUUCAGCACCCAUGAACAUUGUGUAAGUAAUUAUUGACAUCAACAAUGGCGGGCUACUAGUUUAUUUUUUUGAUUGAAAAUUUUACAAAUUUUAUUAAAACAAAAACAUUAAGAGGGGUUUUAAUAUAAAAUUUCUAUAACUUGUACUAACAUUUUUCUUUUAAGAACUACAAGUCUUUGUAUCCAUGGAUUGCUUUAACAUAAUGUUAAUGCCAUCUUGUUGAUUUAUUGUUAUAAUAAACAAAUAGUCCUUAUGUACUGUAUUUUGAAUGUAUAUAUAUCCAUCUUGUCUUAUCUUUCUAUUCCAACAAUAAUUUACAGAAAAAUAUGGCAUAUUUUAUAGAUGUUUUGAAUUGCGAUUAAUUACGAUUAAUUAAUUUUUAAGCUGUAAUUAACUCGAUUAAAAAUUUUAAUCGUUUGACAGCCCUAGAAAAAAACUAUUUAAAUUAUUAUUUUUUCAAUUAAGAAAAUAAUACAUUAAAAACAAAGAAUACUGUAUUAUUUAAUUAAUUGAAAAAUAAUAAUUGUAUUCAAGAAAAAUAAUGUAAAGAAAACAAAAUGAUAAUAAUGCUGGGGGAAAAAAGAGAAUAUUUGCUGUUGGGAGGCCAAAAAAGAGAAUUCAGUUACUCUCUAGGUCGAGAAAUUUCAAAAAAAUUUAACGAUGAAAAUAGUUUGGGAACCAAAACUAUAUAAGUAAAUUAAUAAUAUAAAACAAGCGAUUACACAAUUUUACUUUUAAUUAAAAAAUAGAUAAAAUAAAAAUAAAGGUAAAAUACUUAAUUCACCCUUUUUUAUGGAGCCCCUAAAGGGACAUCAACAGAAAUAAAAUCAAUUUAAACCGUCUUGUGCGCACCAGAUAGUAUGUGGUGUGUACUAGAAACUAUCUGGUGCGCAUGAGAAACAAUCUGGUACACACCAGAUAGUAUGAGGUGGGCACUAGAAACUAUCUGGUGUGCACUAGAAGCUAUCCGGUGCUUACGAGAAAACUAUUGGUGUCCAAGUAAUGCAGUAAUAUCUAAAGAUGCGCGAUGAUGUCGGUUGCCGAUAAUGGUAAUGAUGACGUCACACAGAUAAUCCAGAUAAAAACAAAUUCAACCGAUAAUGCAAUCCGAAAAUUAUAUACUUGAUUUAGCCUCCAAAUGUGCGCAACCGAAGAAUUCAGCACCUCCGCCUCCUCAACCCCUUACCUCUCUGAAGCCCCUGAGGGAGGAGGGGUUGAGGAGUACGGCGUCAUAGAGGAGGCGGCGUUACACAAAUGAGUUGUGGCGCUCUGACUAGCGUGCGUUGAUUUUUCCGUGUGUGAAAUAAGCGACGCUCUCGCCAUCUACAUAACAUAAACUGCAGAAGUUCCACGAGGCGGAAAGAAAGCAUCCUCAUUCAACACCACUAACCCAGCAGCCAUUUAAAACUGCAUCACAAAGAUUUUUGAAAUGAAUACGAGGCUGCUGCUAGCGCGAAUGCUAAAGCUAUUUUAAACACAAAUAAACUAAGCUAAGCUAUGAGGCUUGUGACGAUACAGAGACGCUGCGGCCUUCCAGGAGUCGGGUUGUUUGGGAAUGCAGCCCAAAGCAUGUAAACUCCCAUCUAAGGCUAAACACUGGCACGAGACCGAUAGUCGACAAGUAGUCGUCUUCCGACGGAGCCCGCCGCUCUGGCCGGUCCGGCAGGCCACAGCCGCCUCGCCUUCCCCGGCGGUGGGACCUUCGACGAACACCCCGGUUUCCCAAGCUUUCCCCCACGGCGUGCGCCUCCGUCCGACUUGGAGACGGACACGUCUCCAGUUCAACUCAUCGAACACCACGGCCAGGCAGAGACCUGGCGCGAGUGCUAAUUUGGCAGCCGGACGGACUGAAGGGCACAGGUGGGAGGAGAUGCCGGACGAGAGACGUUUUUAUUUACCGAAACGACUCGAGAGCCAAACCCCUGGAUAAAAAAAUAAUGCAGUUUAUACGACAGCCAUUCUUCGUUAAAGACAUGCGGAUCACAUCCGUUUCACUACGGACAUUUGGACAAGUCAUGUCAAGUAAGCAUGCUGGUUAGAUGAUAAUUGUAACAUGCACAAAACCACCCAAAGAAGUCAGCCAGUCAGUAAUGCAUUCAGUGCGUUGUAAAUUUGACGUCUUAAUCAGAUAAUUUUUUUUUAAUUUAGUCAAAUAAUUUUCCCCAUCUUGUUCUUAGUGUUCAAGACUAGUUAACAGAUGAAUGAGCCAGAUUAUUCCACUUACUUGAAGUAAAUAUUAUCAUUUGUUCUUAUUAAGCCCAUACAUCUAAAGGAAAAAAAUUGUCAUUUUUCACCUGAAUGAAGAAAAAAUUGCUUUCAAAUAAUGUUUUGAACCAUACCUAUUCUUAAAAAGAACAUUUCUGACAAGUUUUUUUUUUUUUUAGGAUUAAGUAUAAUAAUUUAUUGCUUAAUAAUUUAUUGCUUAAAAUAAGGCUGUUAAACUUAUUUUCAGCUAGCUGUUUUUCUUCAAGAAAUCUGAGUGAAAUAUACUUGAAGUGCUGGCAGAUAAUUUCACUUAUUUCCAAUUGAUUUACACUGAAAACAAGGGAAUUUAACUAGUUUUAAGGAGGUGUGGUUUUGCAGUGUAGUAAUCUUAUACGUUAGGAAUGGCUUACUUUUAAAGGCAUUUUUGUGCAACUUAGGUAUUUACUCAUUAAGUAAUUGUUGCCAAACGUUUACCAUUACACGAUGUCAGACGAUGUCUUUAUUUAGAUGUUGGAAUUUACUACUUGUUCACAUUUGAUGUUGAAAAAAAGCAAUAAAUUAUAUAUUUGCUUUAAAAUUGUACAUAAAUCUUUUAGUAGAAUUAUCGGCUUGACGUUAUCGGUUAUCGGUUGGAACGAGGAGAAAAUUAUCGGUAUCGGUUGAAAAAUGUAUUGUCGUGCAUCACUAGUAAUAUCUUUAUAGUAUAGUCCAAGAUUGAAGUAAAGCUCUCCUAAAUCCUGUAUUAUAAUUUUUAACAUGCCAAAACUGCUGGUGUUCGAUGCGCGCCUGCAGGUUGCGCCUGCACUUUCUGGUGCGCACCAAAUACUUUUCUGGUGCGCACUAGAUAGUUUCUAGUGGGCACCACAUACAAUUUGGUGCGCACCACAUGGUUUAAAUUUAUUUUAUUUCUGUCGACACCCCUUUAGGGCAGGGGUGUCAAACCGGUCCUCAAAGGACCGCAGUGGGUGCUAAAUUUCAUUCCAACCAAACGAAUACUUUUUCAACAAUCUAGUGUCAUACAAGUGUAAUCAGUUGGUUGCAGUCAGGU